UUCAAAUGUAGGGAGUCACCACUGUUUUCAUUUUUCUUCUUUACCAUGCUGUGGUUUUGUCAGCAGCCAUGGCUACCUUUGGGCAGAUCAUCUUCUGCAGCAUGAUUACCCUCAUCGUCUUAUUCUCGGCCAUCAUCAUCCUCAUCUUAGCCUUGGCAUUGUCAGGCUCCACGUCUGAGGUGAUCAGCACCAACACGUGGCCCAUUGGCAACCUCGGCGAGGAUCAGCUUCUCAGCUGCUAUGUUAACACCGACAGUCAAGCCAAACUCACAAAAGUUUCAGUAACCUGGGAGAAGAAGGAUCUGAGCGGACUCGUUUACAAGUAUCAGAAUGCCGCACCGGUUCUUGGGGACCAGAACUCACAGUUCAAAGGGAGGACUCAGCUUUUCCCUGAUGCUUUAGUCACAGGUAAUGCCUCUCUGCUGCUGAGGGCUGUGAGAAGUACAGAUGCGGGUGUGUACACCUGUGCUAUCAGCUCCUCUACUGCAGGAGGAAAGGUCAACAUUAACCUCAGAACUGCAGCCUUUUCAGCCCCCACAUUUAACGUCUUAGAUGGCAACCUGGUUGCAACGGCGAGCAGAUGGUUCCCUAAACCACAUGUGACGUGGUUGAAAUAUGGUAACAAAGUCCUGAACGGAAUCACAAACUUCACAGAAGACACUGCAGGGAUGUUCAGUGUAGUCAGCAAGCUGCAGCCCGUCAACAUCAGCGACACAUACACCUGCAGGAUUGAAAAUAACCUGGUGACUGCCGUCUCGGAGGCAACUGUAACAGGUGUUUCUGGUGUUUCGGAAAACACGUACUUCACCUACAGUGCUGCAUCGUCUUUGCUGGCAUCAACUUACCUGAGCAUUAUGACCACUGUCCUCUGCAUCUAUUAUCUCACCUAAUAACACACACACUCUUACGCUGUGCAUUUUCUCAGUCCACAUUUAUAAUGUCUUUUUACUUUUCUUGUAAGUGUCAUGUUUUAAUUUAACGCUCAUUAAAUGUUUCAAAAUUUCAGUUAGCUUGAGUUGUUUUUAUUUUUUGUCUUUCUGCUAAAACGAAGGAUGAACCACCAUCCCUGUGUAGAAACAGCAGAAAAUAAAACAGUAUAUUAAAUGUAAGCAUAUUAUCUUGUCAAAUGAGUGACCUAACAUACUGUUUUUUGUAUUACUGAUUUAUCUAAUAAAUACAA